AUGGCACCCAUCGCACUAUCGCCAGAGCUCGGGCCUACCACCCUUCCAGCAAAGAAGAAUGGACCUCUAUCGACCCCCCUGAACAACGAGUCGUCCCAGUCGCUAGGGUCAUAUGAAGGAUAUGAUCACGUCCACUGGUACGUGGGAAAUGCAAAGCAAGCGGCUGCUUAUUACACAUCCCGCAUGGGCUUCACCAAGGUCGCAUACCGAGGGCUCGAGACCGGCUCUCGCCACAUCGCUUCCCACGUGGUGAAGAACGGCAAUGUCUGCUUCGUCCUCACAUCACCUGUCCAUUCUCCAGAGACGCGCUUACCACUGAGUGACGCUGAGCGGGACGAGCUAAGGAAAAUUCACGCCCAUCUCGAGGCCCAUGGUGAUGCCGUACACGAUGUUGCUUUCGCGGUCGAUGAUGCAGAGGCCGUCUACAGCGCUGCCGUCAAGCGUGGCGCGUCAGUCGUGUCACCACCUGCAGUAUCGUCGGACAGCAGGGGAUCGAUAGUGACUGCCCGAAUCCGCACCUACGGUGACACGACACACACGCUCAUCCAACGCUCCGAUUACCCUUCAGACCUAUUUUUCCCGGGCUACCGGCAGAUCACCACCGUAGACCCCGCGGCCAAGUACCUCCCGCCCGUCAAGCUAUCACACGUCGACCACGUGGUCGGCAACCAAGACUGGGAUUCCAUGGAAGAGGCAUGCGACUACUACGAACGAACGCUGGGCUUCCACCGCUUCUGGUCAGUCGACGACAAGGACAUCUGCACCGACUACUCGGCGCUGCGAUCGGUGGUGAUGGCCUCUGCAGACGAGAAGAUCAAGAUGCCCAUCAACGAGCCGGCCGUCGGCAAGAAAAAGUCCCAGAUCGAGGAGUACGUGGAUUUCUACGGUGGGGCGGGCGUGCAGCACAUUGCGCUCCGCACCGACGACAUCAUCACGACGGUGCACAACAUGAUGGAGCGGGGCGUCGAGUUCAUCACCGUCCCCGCCACGUACUACGCGGCCAUGAAGGAGCGGCUGUCGCGCUCGGGCCUCAAGCUCGACGAGGACUUUGACCGCCUGCAGGAGCUCGGCAUCCUCAUCGACUUUGACGAGGGCGGCUAUCUGCUGCAGCUGUUCACCAAGCAUCUCAUGGACCGCCCCACGGUUUUCGUGGAGAUUAUCUAUCGCAAUAAUUUCGAGGGGUUUGGCGCGGGGAAUUUCAAGAGUCUGUUUGAGGCUAUUGAGCGGGAGCAGCAGGAGAGGGGGAAUUUGUGA